AUGGCUGACGCAAAACCUCCCGUCGAGCCUGCGCCGGCUUCGGCCGCAACCCCUGGCACCGCCCCAGCCGCCUCUACCUCGACAACACAUACCAAGGCACCAGGCUACAAAGUCCCCGAGAGAAACCCCGCCCUCCGCAUGCUCGGCAUCCCCAACCUCCCCAAGAAGCUCCCCUCGCGCAACUGGACCAUCUUCCUGACCAUCACGACGGCCUUCUCCGCGGCCGUCAUCUAUGACAAGCGCGAGAAGAAGCGUGCCACAGCCCGCUGGGCCCGUGCCGUCGCCCCGCUCGCCACCGAACCCAUCGACAACCCCUCCCAGCUGCCGCGCAAGCUGACCGUUCUCCUCGAGGCCCCGCCCGGCGAGGGCCUGCGCGUCGCCCAGGACCACUUUAUCGAAUACGUCAAGCCCGUGCUGGCGGCGUCCGGCCUCGACUGGGACUUUGUCCAGGGACGCCAGCAGGGCGACGUGCGUGCCGCCGUCGCCGAGAAGAUUCGCCGCAAGAGGCGGUUGGCCGAGCGGCCGGACGAGGAGCUGCUGCCUACGGAGGAGAACGUCCGUGACGCCGUGCGCGCGAAGAACCAGAUCCCCGAGUACCAGGGCGACGCCGGCGACAUCGUCAUUGGCCGCAACGCCUGGAAGGAGUAUAUCCGCGGCCUGCACGAGGGUUGGCUAGGGCCCCUCGACGCCCCGGCGCAGCCCGAGCCCGAAACGAAGCCCGAGCCUGUGCUCUCCGCCGAGCCCGUCGUCACGCCCGUCGCCGACGCCAUCGCCGAGACGGUGGAAGAGGCCGAGAGGAAGGCCGCCGACGCCAAGGCCGCCGAAGAAAAGGCUGCCGAGGAAAAGGCCGCCGAGGAGAAGAAGAAGGAGGAAGAGAAGAAGAAGCGCCCGCCCCAGCCACCGUCCUACAACUCGACUGCCGACUACGCUGCCGCCCACCUCCCGCCCACGCUGCCCGAACAGCUCGCGCCCGCGGCUCCCAUUCAGUUCCCUCACAUUCUCGGCUUCUUCAAUACGUUUACACGACUCAAGCGCUUCCUGAAUCGCCGCGCCCUGGCUGAUGAUAUCGGUCGCGAGGUGGCCGCUGCCUGUUUUGCUGCGCACCGCGAGUGGCGUGAGGGCGAGCCCGGCGUGUCUUCGGAUGACGACGAGUUGAAGCUCGAACAGCAGCGUGUCCUGGCGCACGAGGAGAAGAACUGGGUCAAGAGCGUGUGGGAGGAGGAGAAGGCGCCAGAGGAGGGUAAGGAGGCGGAGCCGCCGCGGGAGAAGGUCUGGCCGGAGUCGAUGGUGCUGGACACCCGCAUCGCCUCGCGCAUGAGGAGAUUCGAGGUUCAGCCCGAGGAUGAGGCGCGUGCGAGAGCGAUUGUCGUGCCCGAAGAGGAGAUUGAGGGUUUCAUCAAGGGCAGCUUGCGCUCCAUCGCUCAGUGGGGCAUGUCGGCGUUCGCGGCAGAGAACAAGGGACCCAACGUUGGUAACCUCGAUGAUGCUUGA